AAGGAGCUCUACGAGGUUCCCGGCGGUGACCAGGUUGCUGCUGUCCCUCCUCGGGAUCUCAGCGGCGACCUGGCCCGUCGGUGGCCUCCUCGAGCGGCAUCGUGCCGUGCCUGGCGUUUGGUUCUCUUUACCGUACACGGUGCUUCAGUGUCUCUUUUGCCUGAGUACCGUACACUCUUAUUGAUUGUCGAAGGCCUCUUAUUGAUUGUCGUCGGAGUGCAUAUAAGUGUUGAGAUUGUCGGAGUAUCGUUGGAACAGCAUUUUCCUUGGUUAUCUCAACUGUCCAUCUAGUUAUUGCUCGUGAUUUGCCUUCUUGUAGAGCGAGUCCACGCUUUUAUAUAUGGAGUUUGUUUCAUCUGAAUUGUCAGGCGCGGAUUUUCUUGCUUCAGAUUGGACAGAUAUGGCGUUGUUUACUUGCUUGUUUGUCUGCUCGUUUGUCUACGGUCAAAGUGUGUGUUAGUGAUUUAUAUUGCCGUGUUCGCCCUUCGUACGGAGGUGAGUCUCGCAUGCAUGAGCGAGACCAGCUGUAUGGGCAUGGUGUCAAAGUUUCUCAAUCGAAGUUGCGCCGCCUGCGGGCGAAACGUGUCAGGUAUCAUUUGUGGUCCACGGCUCGGGGGCCAGAUCCGUCGUGCCUUGUUCGCGCGGGCAUUUUCGCGCCCAGAUAUUAUCGGAAUUUCUGCUCGGACGAUUCUGAGGAAGAGGAGUGGGUCGAGGACACUUGUGGAACACAGACUGAUAUGGAUACUGUUGAAUUGGCUGGCUACUCUUUGCAUUCGCAGUGUUCCGAUUGUGGGACUCAGACAGAUCCCUGUGUUCACAUUGAGUGUGGGACUCAGACUGAUCUUUGUGUUCUCUUUGUUGGUGAGGAGGAGAAGGAGGAGUGUCAUCGAGUGCACGUUGAUCGGGGUGAUGCUUCUCUCAGAAUGAAGAGAUAUUGCUUCAAACGAACGGAGACUAUCGAGAGUACAAAGUUGCACACUUCAGAAUUGCAUGCGACCAACGGGAGUGCGGUGGAGAGUACCGCAGUUUUGAGUACAGUUGAUGCAGUCGGGAGUUCCAGUGCAGUCGGGAGUUCAACACUUGGGAGUGCAGUAGGAAGUUCCACAGUUCGGAGUUCCGCUGAUGCAGUUGAGGAUGCAGUUGGGAGUUCAACAGCUGGGAGUUCUGCAGUUGGGAGUUCAGCUGAUGCAGUCGGGAGUUCCAUGAAUGGGAGUUCUGCAGAUCGACCGAGUGAGACACGCUCUGAGUGCCAAGCUGCCAGGGACUGGGCCCUUGCCGGUGUCGAUAUGAGGGCUCUUUGGCUUGAGCUACACCGACUCCCGACACAGGAGCUUCAGCGUAGGACUGAGGCUCUUAAUGCAUACAGGCUGCAAUUGGGAAUUGAAAGCUCCGAGGAGGAUGAUUCGCAACAUGGGGGUCCUCAGAGUUCUACUUCCAGGAGUGCAUUGACGCGGAGCGGCAAGAAGCAUCGGAAACGGCACAGAUGAUACACAUGCGAUUGAUCCUGCACGCUUGAUUUGUCAUUGCGUUGCCUUUCUUCAUUGAUUGAGUGCAUUCGUUGCUUCCUUGAUUUGAGUGCUCAUUGACCUUUGAACGUGACUUUCCGUGAUUUGUCACGUGGUGCCUCAAAGUAGGCCUUUGAUCUGUCGACACUACGGUUGCCUCAAAGGGGACUGGAGUGUACUCGUCAUUCUAGUUGUUAGUUUUGUGUUUGUCUCAGUGGUGUUGAGACGGUAAUCGCUGUAUAAACCAGUGGUUACUGUAUGGUCUCUCACUGCUUUUAUUGUCAGUGGUGCUGAGACGGUAAUCGCUAUAUGUGGUUACUGCAUGGUCUCGCACUGCUUUACUUCCAUCAAUUUUUGAGUUGCAUUCUCGUGUAUUGUAUACUUGUGCAUUCCUGUACAGCUUCGCUGUUUGCGCACUUGUACUUAAUCUUUGCAGCUUCGCUGCUUAGGUUCUUUGUGUUUAGGCCUGCUCCCAUGGGAGCUCGAACCGGCCUUCGCAAAAGACGCAAAAGACCAGGUUGACGGUUCACCGCCGGCGCCAGUUGCCAAGCAAAAUCUCGA